GUUUUCGCUUCGUUUUAUAGCAAAUGUGUUGCAAGCUUAAAUUGUCGUAAAGCUUUGGUGUAACGAAACUACAACUUAUUAAGAAGUCAGCUAGCUUAAGUGUCGAUUUGUAGUCCCAUUUCGCAUCAGUAUCUUUCAUACUUAUCAGUAUAUUGGUUCGGUGUGUGUCGGUGUGAUUCGUGUUUUAGAUGGAGCAGAGACGACGCCCGACCGCUAACGUUAGCAUUAGCGAGCAACCGCCGCCAUUACCAGCCGUUGACCAGCCGACUUAAGCUAGCAGUUAAUGCUACUAAAGGCCUCAAGGCUUGGCCACAACAUCUCAGGGCGAUAUAAUAUCAGUAUAGAAGUUCAGUUUUUAGCUUCUGGUAAGCACAUUUCCUUUGUACAGCUCACAAGAUUCGUUUUUAAUACCAGCGAGAUUAGUUUACAUCGUAAUUCAAACGAGCUAUUUUACCGCAAGCUAAUGCGUCUGCUCCUGGCUAGCCGUGCCCCAAGCCUGCUUGCCGGGAUGAUGAGGAGAUAUAUUUAGGGUAACGAAGCUUUCUUUUUUCGUCUAUAAACGAAGUAUGAAAUGUUGUGUUUCAGACUGACACAUAUGUAAAAUAUAAGUGAUAUAAUAAUCUAGCAAACAUUGACGUUAGGGUAGGUAAAUGCUAGCUACUCAGGCAUUCAUCCUGUCUCUCACAGCAAUAUUAUGAUUUGUUAGGGUGCAGAUGCAGAUAUCUUUCUAUAAUGGAUCUCAUCAGGAGGAUACAACUGCGUGAGUGUGCGAACCUUUUUGAUAUUGUAAACACGGGUCAACAUCCCGAUGCCUCUGUCGUUGAGGAUGGUGAGCUUUUCUGCCAGUUUCUGCUGGCUGGGCUGGAUCACUCCCCGAGACAUCUUCUCGCUGUUCGUUUCAAUCUCCGAUUAAAUCCAGAAAAUAUCACAAAUCUCCGCUGCCACCGGUCCGGGAAAAUAUGAUGAAAAGAAGCUGUGAUUUGGAGGCGUUAAUAGAUUUCGCCCAUGUUCGGAUUUUUCGGAGACAGCAGCUUCCUGUACUCCACCCCACUGUCUCCCUGCCUGUUUUUUUUCGGUCACAGGGAUGAAGAGGAGCUGUCCUGAUUUUCACAACCAGGCUGGAUCACGCUGCGUUCAAGUCACCCUCGUCCAAAGUAGUCCACGAAGGCCGCCGUGCCCUAUUUCAUAAUUGAUUGGGUAUUUAAGUUUAUCAAUCGAAUUUAUGCAUAAUUAUGCCAAUCUUUUACCAUAAGCUGUCCUUAAUUUACCCAACUACAGACAUACAUCAGGGAUGUAUAUGAUUUUUUUGGUGAUAGCCAUGUGUGCAAAGCUUUUAUCUGGGGUGCAAAUUUAAGUGUCACCUUGCUGGCCACAUAUUUCACAGAAAAUUUUGUAUCUUCAAAACAGUUGCAUUUUAAAGCCACUAUCUGUCAUUGCACACCAGAUUACUAAGAGUAUCGAUCAAAUCUAUCAUAGUAGGUUAAACGUACACCCCCCCCCCCCCCCCCCCCAUUCAUGAGAAUUUCCACAAACGGUGCCACGUUGAUAUGUAGCUGUAAUUCAUUUUCAACCAGUUGUUGCGUUAAUAACAAACUACAUAAAAGACAGCAUUAUCAGCCACACCCCGUGCAUAGCAUCAAGGGAACUUAUAUUGUUGUCUAUUUGACGAGGAGUACUUGAACGCAUCAUAUUGUUGACGCAGCUUCCGACUCAGCUGUCAGCCCAGUCUUACCGCUGCUGCCUUUCUCGUUGUAUUUCUCUCACACAUAGAUACCCCAAAUUGACCACUACAGCAUUUAGGUUUUAUCAGCGCUCAAAGUAGAUACCAGCUUAUUAUUUGGUUGAAUUCGCAGAAAGAAUGGCUAUUUAGUUCAGGUGAGUAAAGGAAGCAAGGAGUCUUGGAGCAAAAGCUGUUUGACUGUUUGAAAUCCGGUAUUUUCCACAGCUGUUUUAAAUUUUAAUGUCCCAUUUUCAAUAAAACAUUCUGCGCGUUUUGUAUUCGUGUUAAGUAAUAAAACUAUGGCUAACGUGCGUUCAACCCGCAUAUCAAGUCAUCUACAUGAACCAGUGCACUCACAACAGCCUGCUUUGUUGAGUUUGCUGUAUUUAUUAUGCUCUACUGGUUGUUUACAUUUUUGUUCUACCACUUGCUUCGAAAAGAUUUCCUGGUCUGUCUAACCAACUCUUUGUUCCAGCAGAUUUCAUAAUACUAGAGCGAUGCAUUCACUGGCUCAAGAGAUCCAGGGCUUUUCCAAGAACCGUUUGAAGAAACAGUGCACACAUGUUACAACUGUAACAGGCAAGAAGCUGUUGGAGAGAAGGAGUGAUGAUGGAGAGGGCGAGGAGCAGGUUGAAGAGCUGGAGGAGGGAAGUGGAUGUGGAUUUGUGGAAGACAAAAGUCUGGACCUUCAAGUUGGGGUUGUAAGACCCUUCCUACUGCUUGGUAAUAUACAGUACAUAUUGAACUGCUACUUCUACUACUUGUGUUUCCUCUGAACUUUUUGUUUUACGCAUGUAAAUCAGUUUACUUUGACUGUUCCAGCUCCUACCAGUGAUUACCAGGGACCGCUGGUAUAUUUCCUGAGUGUUCCUGACACUGUCUUUCAUCCACCACACCCACAAUACUUUACAACUCUUUCCAGUGCUUCGAUUACUAAUUGGCCAUUACUUCAAGGACUGCUACUUCUACUCAUCGUGUGUCUACAAUUAAUACUUAACCACACAUUACUUCACCUGCAACAAUCAAAAAAAGCUAUGUCAUGUUUAGAGAACUCUCUAAUUUCCCUUUUUCUGUGGUAAUUAAGAGCACAAAAAAUCUACAAACCUUAAUUCUGAUGAAACCGGGACGUUGUGUAAAACAUGAAUAUUAUUUAUAUUUAUAUUAUUUAAUUAUUUAAUUGAAUACACUACAAAGACAAUUUAUUUAAUGUUCAAACUAAUACACUUUCUUGUUUUUUAAAUUGUUUUUUCAAAUGUUCCCUUAUUUUCAAUUUGAUGCCUGCAACACAAUCCAAAAAAGCUUAAUCCAUCAUGAGCAAAACACUUUGCAGCAUUAAGCAGGUUAUGUUGGCGAGGAAAACUUCCUUUUAACAGACAGAAACUUAAAGUACAACCAGUCUCAUGUUCCACAGCUAUGUGCUGAUAAUGAGUUGGAAUUGGAAAGAGGAUAGAGGGAGAUGCAAAAAAAGAAAAAAAAGGCAGUAAGAAAAACAACAGUUCAUACAGAAAAUGACUGAAAAUAAUGAAAAUAGCAUGUGUACUUUAUACAGAAAAGGCAUAUCAGUGGUAAUAGACCAAUCAUUGUUUCAACCUGGGCGGCACAGUGGUGUAGUGGUUAGCACUGUCACCUCACAGCAAGAAGGUCUGGGUUCGAAUCUGGCUCAGGGCGUUUCUGUGUGGAGUUUGCAUUUUCUCUCUGCCCCUGUGAGGGUUUACUCAGGGUACUCCAGUUUCUUCCCACAUCCCAAAAACAUGCCUAAGUGGGGUUAGGUUAACUGGCCACUUUCAAAUUGCCUGUAUGUGAAUGUGAGCUUGGAUGGUUGUUCAUCUCUAUAUGUCAGCCCUGCGAUGAACUGGCGACUUGUCCAGGGUGUCCCAAUAAGCGGUAGAAAAUGGAUGGAUUGUUUCAACCUAGCAGUGUAACUAAGAGCUGACCCCAAGUCUGAACCAGCUCUAACUAUAGGCUUUAUCAAAAAGGAAAGUUUUGAGCCUACUCUUAAAGGUAUAGAAGGCAUCGGGCCUGAACCUCAACUGGUAGAUGAUUCCAGAGGAGAGAGGACUGAUUACUGAAAGGUGUACCACCCAGACCACUUUUAGGGACUUUAGGUCUAAUGAGCAAGCUGGGACCACAAUAUUUAAGUAGGGUUAAAGGGAACUAAGAGCCCUUUAAGCUAUGAUGAUGCUUAACGAAGACCUUUGCAGGUCAGAAAGAUUUCAAGAUCUAUCCCAGAUUUUAUGGGGAGCCAGUGGCGAUAAGCUCAUAUAAGACAGACAGGUGCUCUUUCCAGGGUUUAAGUUUUUCCUCAAGCAGCAGUUGAAGAGUAUUUAAAGACUUGUUAAUGGAACCUAAUAGAAGGCAAGUACACUAAUGGACUUAGUGCCUGAGCCUGAUUUUCUGGAAAUGUGCAGGUGAAACAAAGGCAGUCCUUAAAAUUUGUUUAUACUCCAACUCCUACAACAGCUACUACUGGUCUGCUUUUGUUAUCAGUCCUAUCACAAUUACACAUUUUUGUUGUUGAGAAGCAACAGUUAUUUUUUUAUUUUAUUUUAUUUUUAUAAAAACAGCUCGCUCAAACACAUGGACUCUGUUGUAUGCCGACAGGUGUUACAGACAGAUUUUAAGACGUGUUAUGGUAGUGCGGUGGGCAAACCUCAUCAGAGCCUCUGAGGUUUUAUUUGUCCAACUGUAAUUAUUUCACUUCAGUAUGCCAGUCCACAGAGACACUCAGCUGUGUUUGUUUCUCACAGCAAAUAGAUAAAGUCCCUAAUAGUAAAUAAAUCAAUGUCAUUAAAGUUGAAUUAGUCUCAGGGAGCAUGGAAAGGUAGCCUUCAGCCAGAGGACACAGGUUGACACCCUCUCAUGUCAGCAUGCAUCUGAAGUGUCCUUCAGUCUGACACUGAAGCCCCUCACAGCUCUGGGGUGCUCUUCACUUCUGUAGCUGGCUCUGUGCUUUGACCUCAACUGCAGGAGAAAUCAAAGUGAAAUUUCUCAGCAGGGAUCAAUAAAAUAUUACAUCUGUCAGACUCAACAGAGGUGACUCUUUUUCUUUAUAGUGAUUUGCCGCUAAAAGUAAUAAACUGAUCACUCCUCUGUUAUGACGCCUCUCAGGAUCAGUUACAGACCAGACAAGUUUUCAGAAAAUCACCUUGUCCUCAAUAAUGAAAUACCUCUUUGUUCUUGGGAUUAUUUGACAGUCUACCAGUGAAAGGAAGAGACACUACGAUUUAGUGGUUUUUAUUCCUUUGUUCAAGACAGUCUCAGGUUAUUAUUUAUUUUGGCCCUCAGCUUGUUGUCUUUGAUAUCCAUGUCAUAGCUGACAUACCAUUUCCUGCUCUUUUUGUGCACCGCAUAUCUGACAAUUCAUCAGAGUAUUAAGAAUAAACUGCCUUCCUUUAGUAAAUCUGAAAGAAGGGUUAAGGAAGGGUUAACUGCUGUCUAAAAAACUGUGCUAAAUAGGCUAACCCCUGUGUAAGGCGACAUUACUCAGUGUCAUCACAGAGGGACCAAACAAUCAUGAAUUAAAUAAACACUAAAGGUGGGACUUGCAAAAUUUAUUCAGCCCUAUAUUUACAUUUUAUGCUGCACUUACCUCUUGUUACUUUGUGGCUUGUUGCUCUUGUCCAAAUAUGGUCAUGUGGGGCUCUGAAAAGCAAGAUGGUGAUCACCAAAGUUGAAAUUUAGGCUUUAGGAGUUUUGAAAACCACUGGAUGACAUUGCAGAUGGCACUUUCGCUGCUUUUGUACAGUCUGCAGCACACCAAUUAGGGGUGGAAGAAACAAUUGAUACAGCAUAUGUCCAUGUAGAUUCUCAUUCAUCCAGGUCAUGGUUAUCUUGAAGACUUAAAAACAGGCAACUGGACUGUGUAGAGUUAAGAAGACGUUUCGCCUCUUAUCCAAGAAGCUUCUUCAGUUCUAAAAGUGCUAGUGUCAGGAGCAGAUAUUUAUCUUACUGGAGAAGGGGGACAGUUAACGACUGGGAGGAGUUGAAAAGAAUGGGUCGUAGAAACCCAUCUCUCGGUGUGUCCCCCCCAAGUCGUUAUCCUGAAAGGGUCGUUAGCGACUCCUAUCAUGUGACCACAUGACUCAUGCCACCUGAGUCAUGUGGUUCCAGGUGUGAAUGUUUGUGGAGCUUUCUGGGGAGAGAGCUGAGAACUGCAUUGUAAGUGCCAGAGAGAUUGUGCCUGAGUCCACCCCCUCUGUUCAGAGAAGGUUUCUCCAGCCUGGUAAAGAUGGCUUCUUUAACUCCUCUUUCAAACCAUCUGUCUUCUCGAGCCAACACCUGUACAUCGCUGUCCUCAAAAGAGUGACCUGUAUCCUUCAAGUGAAGGUGGACAGCUGAGUCCUGACCUGAGGAAGUGGCUCUCCUGUGUUGAGCCAUGCGCUUGUGAAGCGGUUGUUUAGUUUCCCCAAUGUACAGGUCUGAGCAUUCCUCGCUGCACUGGACCGCAUAUACCACAUUACUCUGUUUAUGUCUCGGUGUUUUGUCCUUGGGAUGGACUAGCCUCUGCCUUAGUGUGUUACCAGGCUUGAAAUGAACAGGAAUGUGGUGUUUGCCAAAGAUCCUCUUGAGUUUCUCAGACAGGCCUGCAACGUAAGGGAUUACAGUGCUCUUGCGUCUCUCCUCCCUUUCCUGUUCAGUGUUAUUUCUCUUUCUGUUCUUCACAAAGGCCCACUUAGGGUAUCCACAGGUUGUCAGGGCAUUUUUGACGUGCUUUUGUUCCUUUUCCUUACCUUCUUUCUUCGUGGGAAUGUUCUCGGCCCGGUGGUUGAGUGUUCUGAUGACACCCAGUUUGUGCUGCAGAGGAUGGUGGGAAUCAAAAAGUAGAUAUUGAUCCGUGUGUGUUGGUUUCCUGUACACUUCAACGUUGAGCCACCCAUCUGCCUCCAAGUGUACAGCACAGUCCAAAAAGGCCAACACUUUGUCCUUGACAUCUUCACGGGUGAACUUGAUGUUGCUGUCCACUGUGUUGAUAUGGUCAGUGAAGGCCUCUACUUCAUGUGUUUUGAUCUUAACCCAGGUGUCAUCCACAUAUCUGAACCAGUGGCUAGGAGCAGCUCCCUUGAAAGAGGUUAGGGCCUUCCUCUCUACCUCUUCCAUGUACAGGUUUGCCACUAUAGGAGAAACCGGGGAGCCCAUUGCGCAUCCGUGUUUCUGUCUGUAAUGGCGCUCUCUGAACUGGAAGUAGGUGGUGCUGAGGCAGAUGUCCAAUAAGGAGCAGAUGUGGUCCGGAGUUAAGUUGGUUCUGACUUCCAGUGUGCUGUCCUGUGAGAGACGUUGUCUUACUGCUUGGACUGCCUCUGUUGUUGGAAUACUUGUGAAAAGUGAUGUGACAUCAUAGGAAACCAUGGUUUCAUCUGGGUCCAACCUGAUGUCCUUGAUUUUCUCAGCAAAGUCCUGUGAGUUUCUGACGUGGUGAGGGGUGUGGCCGACAAGAGGAGCUAGGAUGGUGGCCAAAUGUUUUGCCACUUUGUAUGUGACUGAGUUAAUGCUGCUGAUGAUAGGUCUAAGGGGCGCCCCUUCCUUGUGUAUUUUUGGUAAUCCAUAAAUGCACGGGACAGCUUCCCCUGGGUACAGUCGGUAAUAGAGUGGGCGGUCGAUAACUCCAUCCUUUUCGAGCUGUUGAAGUGCACUGAUAACUUUCUUUUUGUAGCUGUUGGUGGGACAGACUGCUCUCCAAGCACUCAAGAAGUCCAUCAGAACUUGGUUGAAGGGACAAAACGGACAGCCACAUAGAUACCAACAUGCAAGAAAAGUGGGUGAAGAAUUUGUCAGACAGGGUCCUCACUCAGCCGGAAAAGGAAGUCCUUUACAAAGGACUUAAUUUUGCAGUUACCCCUGAACAGAUCCCGGUGGUAGACCUUAUCACAGCCACGGAGUCAGCGAUCCGCAACAACAAUCUGGCGGUCACGGAGGCAGAACAACUCAGGCUGAAGGUAACAGCUGCUCUCUCAAAUGCCAAAACACCUCCUUCCAACUUGACCAUGCAGGAAAGAAGAGCCUUGGCAUCACUGCAAAAAGAUGAAAACAUCACCAUCCUGCCUGCAGAUAAGGGGAGAUGCACUGUGGUACUCAACACCAGGGAUUACCAUGACAAGGUAACAAGCCUUCUCAGUGACACUGCCACCUAUGAAACUCUUAAACGGGAUCCCACCAACAGCUACAAAAAGAAAGUUAUCAGUGCACUUCAACAGCUCGAAAAGGAUGGAGUUAUCGACCGCCCACUCUAUUACCGACUGUACCCAGGGGAAGCUGUCCCGUGCAUUUAUGGAUUACCAAAAAUACACAAGGAAGGGGCGCCCCUUAGACCUAUCAUCAGCAGCAUUAACUCAGUCACAUACAAAGUGGCAAAACAUUUGGCCACCAUCCUAGCUCCUCUUGUCGGCCACACCCCUCACCACGUCAGAAACUCACAGGACUUUGCUGAGAAAAUCAAGGACAUCAGGUUGGACCCAGAUGAAACCAUGGUUUCCUAUGAUGUCACAUCACUUUUCACAAGUAUUCCAACAACAGAGGCAGUCCAAGCAGUAAGACAACGUCUCUCACAGGACAGCACACUGGAAGUCAGAACCAACUUAACUCCGGACCACAUCUGCUCCUUAUUGGACAUCUGCCUCAGCACCACCUACUUCCAGUUCAGAGAGCGCCAUUACAGACAGAAACACGGAUGCGCAAUGGGCUCCCCGGUUUCUCCUAUAGUGGCAAACCUGUACAUGGAAGAGGUAGAGAGGAAGGCCCUAACCUCUUUCAAGGGAGCUGCUCCUAGCCACUGGUUCAGAUAUGUGGAUGACACCUGGGUUAAGAUCAAAACACAUGAAGUAGAGGCCUUCACUGACCAUAUCAACACAGUGGACAGCAACAUCAAGUUCACCCGUGAAGAUGUCAAGGACAAAGUGUUGGCCUUUUUGGACUGUGCUGUACACUUGGAGGCAGAUGGGUGGCUCAACGUUGAAGUGUACAGGAAACCAACACACACGGAUCAAUAUCUACUUUUUGAUUCCCACCAUCCUCUGCAGCACAAACUGGGUGUCAUCAGAACACUCAACCACCGGGCCGAGAACAUUCCCACGAAGAAAGAAGGUAAGGAAAAGGAACAAAAGCACGUCAAAAAUGCCCUGACAACCUGUGGAUACCCUAAGUGGGCCUUUGUGAAGAACAGAAAGAGAAAUAACACUGAACAGGAAAGGGAGGAGAGACGCAAGAGCACUGUAAUCCCUUACGUUGCAGGCCUGUCUGAGAAACUCAAGAGGAUCUUUGGCAAACACCACAUUCCUGUUCAUUUCAAGCCUGGUAACACACUAAGGCAGAGGCUAGUCCAUCCCAAGGACAAAACACCGAGACAUAAACAGAGUAAUGUGGUAUAUGCGGUCCAGUGCAGCGAGGAAUGCUCAGACCUGUACAUUGGGGAAACUAAACAACCGCUUCACAAGCGCAUGGCUCAACACAGGAGAGCCACUUCCUCAGGUCAGGACUCAGCUGUCCACCUUCACUUGAAGGAUACAGGUCACUCUUUUGAGGACAGCGAUGUACAGGUGUUGGCUCGAGAAGACAGAUGGUUUGAAAGAGGAGUUAAAGAAGCCAUCUUUACCAGGCUGGAGAAACCUUCUCUGAACAGAGGGGGUGGACUCAGGCACAAUCUCUCUGGCACUUACAAUGCAGUUCUCAGCUCUCUCCCCAGAAAGCUCCACAAACAUUCACACCUGGAACCACAUGACUCAGGUGGCAUGAGUCAUGUGGUCACAUGAUAGGAGUCGCUAACGACCCUUUCAGGAUAACGACUUGGGGGGGACACACCGAGAGAUGGGUUUCUACGACCCAUUCUUUUCAACUCCUCCCAGUCGUUAACUGUCCCCCUUCUCCAGUAAGAUAAAUAUCUGCUCCUGACACUAGCACUUUUAGAACUGAAGAAGCUUCUUGGAUAAGAGGCGAAACGUCUUCUUAACUCUACACAGUCCAGUUGCCUGUUUUUAAGUCUUCAAAAUUGAUACAGCAUAGUAUCGCAAUAUUUUGUCUGGUGAAAUAUCAAAUCGUCUCAUUUACCAAGUGUCGAUUUUUCAAAUUAAUUGCUAAUAGGAACUCAAGUCUAUGAUAAUGGAAAAAUAAAAUCAAUGGUUUGUCCAGUGAGGUUGGCAGAGGUGACAUCAUAGAGCAGGGGAAAGUAAGUAGCCUACAACAAAUAUAUAGAAGGUUUGCUAGAUGUGCUACAUGAAAAUGAAAUAAGAAUGAGAAAAUGAAGAACUUAAUUAAUCCCCGAAGGGAAAUUCAAUUGUCCGUCGUCUCAUUUGUCAUUUUUCAAAAGAGUUGUACAGUCUGAUGGCUGUUGGUACAAAAGAUCUUCUGAAUCUUUCUGUCCUGCAGCGAAGAGAGAGGAGCCGUCCACCACCAUUGGCCCUUUGGUCCAUCAAGGUGUUGUGAAGUGGGUGAUCCAUGUUCUUUAGAAUAGUCUCCACCUUCUUCAGUGUAGAUCUCUCCACCACAUCCUCCACUGAGUCUAGCUUGAAUCCAACAACAGAGCCAGCCUUUUUCACCAGUUUGUUCAGAUACUGAUGGAAUCUACUGUGGAAAUAAGACAAACAUAAAGGAAAGACAAAUGCUAAAGUAGCUAAACAAAGUUUGUAUGAAUCGCAAUAUAUUAUAUCGCAGUACUCACUGUAUUGGAAAAUGUUAAAAAUCGCAAUAAUAUCGUAUCAUGGCCCAAAUAUUGUGAUAAUGUCGUAUUGUGGGGCCACUGGUGAGUCCCACCCCUAACACCAAUAUGCUGUGUGAUCUUGUAUGACAAAACUAAAAAUUGUAGUUUUUAUACUAAGCUAAACUAACCUGUUGCUUAAAAGCACGAGGGAGGUGAUGUUAACCUCCCACAAGGAAAGCAAACAUAUUUUCCAAAUCUCUCUCAUAAUCCUUUUAUCCUUAGAGGUUUUUUAUGGUUCUCAUAAGGACAGCAAACUAAGAAUUUAAUCAUACCUUAGAAGCUGCUCUCUGGGAAAUGACAAGAAGGCUCUUUCAUCUUGAAACAAUAAAUUCUUAAAGAUAUUUCAAAGACAUUUUGGACUUUUUGAAGCACAAAAGAAUAUUACUUUUUUUUAAUCUUCAAGCUUUAAAAUCAUCAAAUAUUGAGCCACAUUCAAAAAGGCUGAUAUGAAGUCAUUUUAUAGAAGAGAAACAACUGCAGGGGAUAGUUUUCAUGGGGUUAUUAGACAAACAAACUGCAGUUCAAAUUCUAUUUUUAGAAAGAGAAGACUUUUUAGAGUAGCAUUUGCUUCUCAGGGUAUAAAUAUGACUGAGAUCUGUCCUCUGGAGCUUAGCAGAUUGAAUUGGUCCCAUGUCACACUUGUAUUUAAAAGCUGUCUAGAAAUCCUGGCAUUCCUGCAUCCUUUCACAGAUGUGUCAGUAUAAAUCUUUUCCUUUUACACUGAUGAAGCAUAUGGGCUGGAGCUGGAUUAUUUCCAAAGACUCUCUAGCCUUUGGAUUUAGAUUUACUUCUGAACACCAUGAAUUUGGCAUUAUAUGAAAGUGGCUUUGGCUGCUGCAAAGAGUGCAAAUAUGAGCUAUGAGCUGCUUGGGUGUAGCCACUCGAGAAAUCUGAAUGAAUCCCUUCCAUCAUAAUCAGCUCCCCGUUGUACGUCUCUGUCAAAUAAUCUUCUGUCAAGAUGUCCACUGCAUUUGACAAGCUGAAAGAGACUGCUGUUUCAGUUAAGCAAUGUUUUUUUAUUGAUACUGAGGUUUCUGUAAGUUGUUCCUCAUUUUACUCAGUUAGUUUUGAACUUUUGUCCUGUAUCACGUCAGUAACUUCAUCUUUACCUGUUCAAGGCUCAGGUCAUGAAAACACAUUUACACAGUAUUGUCGUGAAAAUGACAAACUACCUUGUCUGUAGAUAAAUGUGGGUGUUUAUCUCAGCAGUUUUUUGUUGGAUUGGUUCCUUGGUUUGGCGCUGUUGUACAAAUCAUUUGUUUUUAUGUGUUGCUCUAAGCGGACUGUUUUUUGCUGACUGAUAACAUCCCUGUUUGGUGCUGCAGCUGUUCAGAAAGUGUUUUUCUGUCUAGAGAUUUUGCUGCUAAAUGAUCCUGGUGCUCAUAUCCUGCAGCAUUUGCUUCCUUUCACUAAAAAAGGCAGGGUUUUUCUGCACCAGCUGUUUAUUCUCUGCUUUAUUACAAACAAAGAGUAACUUUCUUGGUCCAAAGUUCAGAGUCAUCUGUCUUGUCUAUUCUCUUCAUAUCCAAAAGAAAAGUUUUGUCACUUUUUGUCAUUUUCAUGUGCUAACAUGUUUUUUCUUUGCUUGGGUUUAUGGGUGUUUCUUCUUUAGUUUUUACUAGUUUUGCACUAAGUUGCAAUAUCUUUUUCAGACUUAAAUGGAAAAUACUGCCACAAGGCUGACAUCACUCCUACUCCUUGCUACUUUGUUCAUACCUUUGUACACAGUGUUGUUGUGAUCACAUGGGCUCCGCAUGCUGGAUCUGGGCACUGCCACAUAGAAGUGCUGGAACGGAGCCUAAAAUGGACUGAUGGUAUCGGAGUGCUGAUAUGUGAGAUUUUAGACACAGGCCGAUAUAAUCCAAUAUUUGUUUUUUUGCUUAUAUCGGACUGAUAUCCGAUGUCAAUGUUGUAUCCCCUUAGUUUUUACAUACUUUAACGAUAAUGCGUUUGUGCUCAUGAGCUUGAUCUGAAACAUGUAAAUGUGCUCAUAAUUAAAUGCAAUGUCACUUUUUAAAUCCAAUAUACAAUCCACUGGAUGUUAGGGCACUGCUAAGACUGCUUAUAGUGUCACUAGUACAGGACCCUAUGAACUAACACAACUAAGACAAAUGUUCAACAUAAUAACUUCCCCAACUCCUUUAUUUGAUUCAUUUUUCCCUUUCAGAUGUUUUAUAAAGUGCAGAAAACCUUUAAGAACAUUUACUUAAGGUCAUUUUUGUUAUAGAUGAAUUUCCAAAAAAAAGAAAGGCAUUUCUUAGACCCCAUCUAGGAGACAGCUACUAAUGCUAUGCUGUAUUCUUUAAGACACAAUAAUUAAAAUCAAACACCAGGAGUUUUAAAGGAAGAAAGCUAAAGCCACAGGAAAAAUACUUGUAAUAAAAAAAUAUCCACAAUUUAAGAUAAAGACACAUACAACACAAUAAGAAAGAUAAAAAUUCAAAGUGAUGGAUUUGUAAAUUAUAUAGCAUUGAUAGGAUAAGUUGUCAGCAAGAGUUUGUUGAGUUUAAAUUAAUGUUGGACAUGUUAGGAGCACACAGGGUACAAGAAAAGGAUGUAAUAAUAUAUUCAUUAACCCUGCUGAUUUUUUUAUUUAUUUAUAAUUUUUAAUAAUAUCUGGGGGGGUCAAAUUGAUUUUAAAAUGUCAAAAGUUAAGGACGAAUGCUUUUCACUGUUCACCAAAGCCAGAGACACCAUCAGAAUCUUCUUAGGACUCUAACCAACAGUCUAAGAUUAGAUGAUUUCUUACUUUAAAAGAGACUCAUUUAUUUUAACAAAUGACCUUAAGAUUGAUCAUUAAUCAAGAUUCAAAAGACAUUUUCACAUUUAUCAGAAUCAGGAAUAAUAAAGGCUGACCGAAAGCACUGCAGUUCUCAUCAUUAUAACACUAACAGUUUUGCAAAGCAUAGUAAAGUGACAUAUUUUUUUCUUCCACGCCAACACAAAGAGGGAAGAUGCUGCAUUUACUUGUCCUUUAACCACACAAUUUCUGCUAGCCUGCAGGAAACCUUUGCUUCUUUGAAUAUAUAGGUUUUGAUAAGCAGAGAAAUACCCCUGUCUGUCUUCUUAUGGAGUUGUUUCUGUCUUUUCAGCCUCUCAGGAUGCAGCCCACGACAUUGACACCCUGCAGAGAUAUAAGGUCAGUACAGGGAGGAUCAAUACUGCAGGCAUGCCCUUGCCUUGAUGUGAUCGCAAGUGUAGUGACAUGAGAUUAGAAGCGACCAUGUAGGUGUGCAUUCCUGCGGCUCUGCGACAGCCAGCCAAUAGCCUGAGGAGCUUCAUGACUCAUGCAGUGACAGUUUAGCUCAGUAGAGGGAGUAAAUGAUUACACUAAGUCUCAGCGCUGCUGCGCCUCCACAUCAGAGAAAUGUGACUACUCCUCUCUGCAGUGGCUGCUCCCAGGCAUGAGCAUAUUGCUGCCUGUGCAGUCUCUGGAUGAUGAAUUGGAGAGAUUACAAGUGCCUUCACUUCCUGUUACUGCGACGAAGCCCUGACCGCCUAAUAACCAAACCACGCAGGGUUUCCCAGACAGCUAUUAAAGCUCAGGAGGCUUAACAGGCUCAGAGGACAAUUUAUAAAAGAAUCCAUUCUUUCCGGCACAACAUUAAAUGAACAUUUACUGGCAUCACAAAGAAAAGACUACAACAUUGUGCUGAGGGUGUUGUUUGGAAAUCAAAUCUAUUUUUUUAAAGGAAGGUAACCAACAAUUGUUGCGUUUACUGUAUAUAUACUGUAGAACCCUCUUUUCUGUCUCUAUUUUCUAUUUUUUCAUAAAACUUUGAGAAACCUGCUCAUUUCAGUGGUUUUGACAUUGCCAAGGUUUCUAUGUCAGUGCAGGUUUGUUUUUGACUCCUUCACAUCCAGCAAAUCUUUCUAUCCGACAAUGAUUGACCUCAACAGCUCAUGAUGAAACCAGUUUUCUUUCUGGCUGACAACUCAACCUACAGCAUCUAUACUAAAUAUUCUCAAUGCCUGAAAAGAGAUGCAAAAAUUAUAUUCUCACUAUUGGAAAGAUGAUGCUUCAUUUACUUUCAUUCCAGCAGGUGGACCUAAAUUACACCAUCAAUCACGAUAUUUUUUGUGUCACUGACUUAAUUGCUACAUAACUCGAUCUGAGAAUGCACCUGUGAAAACAAGGCAGAGAAUGAUCAGGAACAUGAAAGUGUAAAUACAUGUCAGCGUCUCUAUUAUAGCAGGAUUUCUCAGCUACCUUAGCAUAUUUUUUUAUAUCAUGUUUCAGAACUCAGACAUACUUCAAGAUGAAAUUGUGUCUAAAAUAAUUUGUUGAAUUUUUUUUUAAAACUAAAUUUAAUAUGCAUGUUGACAACCUCUGUUUUUUCGACUGUCAAACACCUUCCAGGAAAAGACCAAAGCCAACAAUAUAAAUUUGUUUCACUCUCAUUAUUUUCCAACCUCCUAUCUGCAGCUGCUCCCUCUAUACCAGAUGCAUUACACUUAAAGUCCCUGUGAGGAGUUUUAACUUGGUUUAAAACAGACUGAAAUCAACAGUGAUGCCUCCUAAUGAUCCACAACAGCAAAGGAGAUCAUCACUAACAAAUGGAAAUGUCUGUAGUGCAGUUCUUUAUGUCUGUAAUUGCAGCAACGUGCGGGUGUUGGACACGAUAAUAUGCAGCACUCAUUCAACUUUAUUCACAAUAGCCAUGUUUACAUGGGCAAAAUUUCUUGUUCUGAUUAAAAUUUGAGGGAUAUGAAAAUCUAGAUCCACCAUUUAUAUAGGCACAAAAUCAAAUAAUCUGAUCAGAUGCGUAUACAUGCGCCAAGCUAUAUUCAGAUUAGAAGCAUUUGGACAUGCGCAGAGUUGUCCGAUUUCACUAAAACAACCACAGAAGAAGAGUUGUAUUUACACCUGUGCUAUCAACAAACCAACAAACGCAGAAGUGGCUCACUCCAUCCAAUUCAGUCACUAAUGGCGGAAAUGUGUCACGUUGACAUAGGGCACGUGCACAGUCAGGUUAGUUUUGCCCAACAGAGAGUCACGAUCGGAAUAAGAGGUACAUGAAAUGUACCGAGACCUAAACCAACCCUCGCAAUCAGAAUACAAUUUCUUCCCGAGUGAGCCGAAAUGGAUAAGAAUAUUCCGACGAUAUGUUUUACGCGACACAUUUCUAUUCCGAUCAAGCCUUCAUUCUGAUUAUUUGUGCCCAUGUAUAUGCAGCUAGUGAUAUAUUUGAUGUUUAAAAAAACUAGGAUGAGAUUUUUUGUCUGAAAACCCUUUCUUACACAGGUUUAAAACAAAAUAAGCAAAGAUGUAUGAGGUACAGUCUCGCCCAGAGGGGUUGCAAAUGUCAACAAAAAUGGGGUAUCAUUAGCCUAGUGGUCUAGAUGCGCCCAAGUCUGGUUUGGUUACACAGUGUGGCACUUUGUCUGCAUGUCACUUUGAGCUGUUCCCUUUUUCCUGCUCUAUUCAUUGUCAUCUUAAUUAAGGGAAAAUAAAAACAAAAUAAAUCUUCAAAAAUGAAAAAAAAAAAUCCACACAAGCACACAGUCUCUCACAGCUGCUUUAAAUGCAAAUGACAAAGAAACCGUUCAGUUAAAAAUAAGAGACUGAAUUAUCUUUCAAAAAGCUUGUAACUUUAGAUAUUAGCAAAGGUUACACUUACAGUAUGUUAGUCAUUGAUGAUUUUUUGUCUUUGCCACCACUGCAAAGCUUACAGUCAGUAUAAUGUUGACAAAUGUUGCUUUAUAGAUAAUCUGUUGCAAGUAAGCCCUUACAAUCACAUCUGAGCUUUUUUUUUUUUUGCCAUAUGCUUUAGAUAUGUUCGAGUGUUAAUUAGGGAGCAAACAAGUUCCACUCUCUGUAUUCAACACCAGAAAUUGAAAUUUGAAAAAAGAAAGAAAUUGGCAAUAAGUUCCUUUUUCAACAGCAAAAAGGAAAAAAUAUACUAUAUAUAUAUAUAGACCUUUGAGAAACGCUGUAACAGAGGAGGUGAAGAAAAUACAGAACAUCUCAAGACUUUUCCUUUAUCUUUAAGAGAGGAUGUUAGCAUCAAAUCAGUCCAGAAGCAGGAAACAUCACAACAAUGUUAGCUAAGUUCAAGAGACACAGAACAGAUACUGCAAAAUGAAUUGGAGCCAUCUGUCUUCUUUCCCUGUCUCCUCUCUUUCCCAUUUCUAUUCAUCCAUCUUCCCCCCUCUUUUCAACCAUCUCUGGCUCCAACCCUUUGCCCUCUCACUCAGUCACGUUCAGGUGGUGUCAUGUCAUCAAUAUGGCUGACAGAAUAUCUCUCUUACCCAAGUAAAAACAGCCUUUUAAACAAGUCAAUGCUCAGGGGUCGUUUGCUCAAGGAGUUUCAUGUCUCUUUCCUCCUGUCAGGUGUCUCAUGUGCUAAAUGUGGCAUAUGGAGUUGAUAACCUGUUCCCAGAUCAGCUGGUUUAUAAGACGCUCCAGAUCCUGGACCUACCAGACACUGACAUCACAUCAUAUUUUGGGGAAUGCAGCUCCUUCAUUGAUCAAGCACGAGAACAGGUAUACACACACACACACACACACACACACACGCAUAAACCUACACAAUCAGCAUCUACGAGGAGGAGGAAAUAUGAAAACUUCAGCUGAGAACUGAAACCUUUGCUUUUGUAAUGAAAAAUUUUUACAUCUAGUAAAAUGUUUCUGGCAUUCUGUGAAGUGUUUUUCAGUUUAGUAAUACAUUUUAGCAUUUUUGUUAAUGUCUUGUGGUCAUGAAAUAUUUGUGCAGUUGACCCUCAAGGCCACCAUAAAAACCAGACACAGACUACUUUUCUGACUCCAGAGAUGCUUGUUCACCUCAGGCGGGGGGACUGUGCCAGCUUUUCCACAGUCAAGAUGUUAUUAAAAGUCUUGUAUUUACUGAUAAAGGAAACAUUUGGAAAGUGAAGAGACCCAAAUGUCCAAAACUUUUGUUAUACUUUAUUAUUUCUAUUAUAUUUAAGUAUAAAAUAGUUCCGGUAACACUUUAUUUGACACCUAUUUCUAUAACGCAUUAUGAAUAUAUGUAUAAUGUGUUAUAAUCACGUUAUAGCACUGUAUAACUAUAGUAAUAAACACUCAUAAAUGAUCAUAAUGCUUUAUAGCAAUAAUCAUAACACAUUAUGAUGCAUUUUAUCAUGACUUACAAGGUCAGGUAUUAUAAUGUGCUAUAAGUGUUAAGAACUCACUGACAAUGCACACAUAGAUAAUGCAUUGCAACUGUUGUUGUUAACAGUUAUAACACAUAAUACCUGACCUUAUAAGUCAUGAUAAAAUGCUUUAUAAUGUGUUAUGGUUAUUGCUAUAAAGCAUUAUGAUCAUUUAUGAGUGUUUAUAACUAUAGUUAUACAGUGCUAUAACGUGACUGUAACACAUUAUACAUAUAUUUAAAAUGCGUUGUAGAGAUGAGUUAAACAAAGUGUUGCCGUUGUUCCAAUUUGAUUAGUGAAAUGUACCUUUAACUCUAAGGUUAAAGCCUCUAACAGUUCGUAUUUAUUACUCAGUAUGUUUUUACAUUAAUGCAUAUAAUUUUGAUUUGUAAAUUUUGUUUUGAAGCAGCAUUUUAACAUUACAGUUAUGAGGAUGUUAAAAACUGGUUGUGGAGUCAUCUGGUGAAUUCUGCCUGAAGAUGCAUGCAGUAAAACAGGGCUAACAAGAAAUCCUCCAGAAAGCUAUUUAUGAAGAAGUAAGAUGUGUUUGUAUGAAAUUCAAAUGAACGAGAAAAGUACAAGUGCAGUCAAAUUCUGCUUGUGUGAAUGCAUGAAUGUAUUCAGUCAUUUUAUACCUCUAACAGCUGCAGACACAAGCACACAGGACCAAAAGCAGAGUUUCAGGGUUCUUUUCCAGAUAAAAUAUGUAUCAAAUCUAUUAAAAUAUUUCUCUAUCCACAUCUCUUCAGGGGGGCUCAUGCAGCCUAAAAAUGCUGUCUUUUAUAUCUGCUGGCUAAUUUAACAUGUCAGCGUGCACACACAGAGACUCUGCUACCACACUGCGAUGCAUUUACACACAUUGGCAGCAGUCAGCUAUCUGUAAGUCAGCACAAAGGCAAGGUGGGUGGUCAGAAUACCUAUUAGAGGACCAUGCUGGGGUCAAAAUGUUCUCUGCUUAUGCUUUCCCUCAGUCAUUUCACGGGCUGUAUGCAGUACUUUUCAAAGGAUUAUUUCCUUGCAGAGUCUUAAAUUUCUUCCUGUGAGCGUGAGUGUUUGUGUGUGUUUGUUUGUGGGUGUGUGAGUGUGUGUGUGCUAAGUCAGGAGAUGGACCAUAAGCAGAACGUGAGGCGAUGUGAGUGCUGAUAUGAAAACACUCAACUGGAGCGCAAUGAAAUAACUGCAAAACAAGAAACUCCGACAAAACCAAAUUAAGUCGCCAUGUUCGCUUUGAUGGAUUAUCUUGCCCGGGCAAUUUUCAUUCUGUAGGAGUUUUCUUGUUUUUUUUUUCUCCCUAAAAGAAGAAAAAACAAGAUCUGAUAUGUAGCUACACUGAAUGCAGACACCAGCAAAAUAAUAUAGAAGCACAGAAACCUUUGCGACUGAUAGAAAGGUAUUAAAGGGUGAUAUUAUUGGUACAGCUUUCCUGAAUGUUCUGUGUGUGCCUCAUUUGAUUAUGUUACCCGGAGGAACAACCUGAUAGGUUUAUAGUUUGUGUGUAAUUCCAGAUAACAGUGAUGACAUGUCAAUUUCUGCAGCUGUGUGUAUGUGUGUUUCAAAAGCUAAUUUAUAUCUUGUGUUUUUGAGUGAGCACUGAUUGACAUGUUAAAUGAAAAUAUGUUUCCUGCAGUUUUUUUCUGCUCCAUUUCAGCUAGAAGAGAGACUUUACUCUGUGCUGAGAGACUCUGUGUUGAAUAAAGGAGACAAAUGUGUCAAUACACUGAGCUUCAGAACUGAGCCGUGGGCCUGCACGCAUUGUCUAAAGAUGUGGCUGGAAUUUAAAAAAAAAAUAAUUUCCAGCGAGGCACUCAAGGCAGUAAAAUAAUUACAUCAACAUUAAUAUUAAUCAUGUUGCAAAGUUUGACACACACACACACAAACCACAGGCACAGAUUUAUUCCUUCUCGACUUUUUCUACAUGCUUGAUUUGAUGCUACUCUCAGAGAUGUUACAAAAGUCAGACAUUAAAAAGUUUCCCUGGUGAAAUAAAGUGACUAUGAAUUUUUAAUUUCCCCGUUUACCUAACUGACCAGAUAAGGGUGACAGAAGUGUACAUGAAGUACACAGUGAAUGAUAAUUUCCUGUUAUUUGAAAACAAUUUAAUAUACUCCAGGUUACAACUAAUAAACUCUUUUCAAAUCAAAAGUACUUAUUUCAAAUCAAGCCUGAAAUUUUCUGACAUUUGGCGAAGGGAUUGUCAUUUGAAACAACAAAGUUAACAUUUGAACUCACUCAGCAUUAAAGGGAUAUUCCGGUGUAAAUUUAAGUUAAGGUCAAACACAGUGUAACCUCCUCCUCCUUAGACACCCCCUUGAGAGAUGAAUGUUGCCAACUGCUUUCCUCUCUAGUCAUACCAACUUCACCAAUGACCACAUGAUAGCAAUACAUAGCGGUCUACAUCUCCACGCGCAAACCUCAACCAAAACACCACUCUAUAGCCACAAAUAAUUCUCAGAGCAGCACCUAACUUCAACAACAGUACAAAUAGGGUCCCAGCCAUAGUACUAGCCAUCAAACAUCUUUUUAGCUUUGCCUAAUUUCUUUAGCAAAGAGACCAAACACAACUCACCCACUGUCCUCCAGCAGCCGCUUGUUUUUGGGGGGAGCCCUGACAAGUUGAUCACCGAGUGCAGCAGAGUUUUGCAGCUCAAAGAAGAACAUUUAUGAUCAUUACUUCAUGGAAAUAAAAUCAGAGUUCUUGUGUAUCCUGUAUGUGCACUGCAGACACAGAAUUUUUGUCUGUCUUAGCAUCUCAGUCUGAUUGCAUUUCCAUGAAGUACUAAUCAUAAAUUUUCCGCUGCACUCGGUGAUCGACUCGUCAGGGCUCCCUCAUAACUUGUUGUUACAGUGUGUUUGACCAUAACUUUUAUGCCGGACUAUCCCUUCAAGACUUCAACUACAACACCAAUACAAACAUGUGAACCUUUGAAAUUUGAAUAAUGUCUCUACUGAAAGUUUAAUUUUCAUUUCAAGUCAUUGUUAUUUUAAACACACUUUUUUACACUUGUGUAGUAAACAGCUGAGCCUAUUCACUUUCUGCAUUUCAAUGAGUACAAUUAUGCUCAAGUUUCAUUGCUGCAAACUAGAUGAAAAUAGCACAACCCAGCAAAUAUACAGUCAUAUAACACACAAAAAUAUAAGCUACUGUAUUAAAACUGCAUGAUGGGUAAUGACAGUUACUGAAGUACUGUACGUAAAAUUAACAUGAAUCUCUCAAACCCCCUGCUGUUUGCCUGUCUCACUUUUUUUCCCCACAGGACGGUGUGGUGCUGGUCCACUGUAACGCAGGCGUAUCACGUUCCUCCUCCAUUGUGAUUGGUUACCUGAUGUUGAGGGAGGGGCUGAUGUUUGACGAUGCGUACAGCCAGGUGAAGCUGGCACGGCCUUCAACUCGCCCCAACCCAGGUUUCUACCAGCAACUACAGAGCUACAAACCUUAAAGACACAGUUUAAGUUUUUUUUUUUUUUUUUUCCCUACAUGAAGACAGCCAAACAGUGAUGUACCAUCACCUUCUGGAGUACCAAACAGAUGACUACACACCAAGAAAAGGCGGACCUCAGUAUAUUUUGACUUUGUUUUUGGUCCCAGUCUACCACUACCUGAGGAACAUUUAGGGCUCUUGAGUUGCUCAUAGUUGUGCCUGGCUUCAGUAGGUUUUAAGUUUGAAAACAAAAGGUGCCGAAACUUCCAUUUUGCUAUUUGUGUGUGUGUGUUUUUAUACACGUGUUAACUGUGAAAAUACCAAUGAGUGCUGUUUUUUGGGGAAGGAGUCUUAAAAAUCAUGAGGCCUUACAAGAAUAUAACAUCCGCACAAAGUACUAUUGCUUAGAGUUUCAUAUUUUCAUGUUCCUUUUGAGUUUUCUGUCAUUAGGUCUUGUUUCUUUGUGCCAUGUUUAUGUCAAUGCUCUGGUCCAUGCAUUUUGUUUCAGUUCUUACCUUUAUAUUACAUAAAAAACAGUGUCUGCUUCUCAGUUCGCAGCAGUAAAAACCUUUAUACAGGAUCAGAUUUGUUCAUGUUGGAGACAUGUUUGCAUUGAUGAAACAUCUCAUUAAAGACCUACCAGUUUUUCUGGAGUACAGCUUGAUUUUCCUACAUCUUUUACAACACAAUCAUAUACACCAAUCAGUUGUUAUGAUAAACCCUCUCCACUGUAUUGCCUCCAUCAAUCUAACAACUUAGCAAAGUUAAUGCGCUAACCUCGCUCCCUUGAAAUAAUUAGCUUGUAAUUAGCUUGUUAGAUAAUGAGGGAAAAUUCAGUUGGCUCAGAUGCUUAUGAACCAAGUCCACUGGGACGAGCUCCUGAAGCUGCAAACUCUCAGCACACAAAGGUUUCAUAUACUAUCAAGCUUUGCUAACAAUUUAUAUGGAAAUUAAGUCUGCUGUUGGAAUGCACCAUCACAGUUAUAAAAGGGAAGACCCAUUUUUCUGCACAGAAUUUGAACAACAAACCCACAUUUUUGAUUAAUAAGACAGAAAAUUCCCUCUCUUAACCGUACAAUUUACUCUGAUUGGUUCAAUGAAAAUAAAACAAGCAAGAAAUUAAGUUUCCAAAGGUGAAAAAACAACCAUGAUUUAUUGCCCUUGGUAUCAAAGGCAACAACCAGAUCACACCCACAACACAUAUCAAAUCAAUCUGCAAAAAAGGUGUAAUGAAGUGAGAGAAACCUUACUCUCUAAUCCUGCAUCAACAGACAACAUGAGGGAUUUUUUCAACAUUACCUUUAAUUUAUUAAGAGAGCACAGAAGAACCUUUGAUUAGUGGGUAAUGGCCGACCAGCCAAAAGCAGAGAAAAGCAAAUGUGAGGCAUGGAGAAACAACAAGGGAUGUUUAAGCCCACAGAGAGCUACGUGAAAGAUAAAUUAAAGUAAACAGAUAGGAAACAACCACAAUGAUGGGCUUUGGCAGAGUUAAAGGACUGGUUGAGUGAGAUGAAAAUGCCAACAGAAACGUCACAGGGAGGGGAUUUAAUGCAAGAACUGCUGUUAUUCUCUGCAUUCGUCAUGAAUGUCGAUGCAAAUAUGCUGCUUUGUCUUUACCUUAAAUUAAAAUCUGAAGUUUAGUGUUAUUUAUUAAAGCAGAAUCACAUGUAAAAUUUAAAGUGAAUGAAAAUCUUACUUUUCCUAUGUUGGUAUAAUUAUCUGGGCUCAUAGUAGGAUAAUUGAUGAUUUACUUGCAGUUGUGCAAAACAGACCAGGUCAAGAGUCACUUAACCCAACUCCAGUUAUCAGUGGUAGAGUGAAGGAGCUCCUGGGCACAUUUGUUAACCAUACUAGUGGCACUGUGACCUGGCAGUCAAACCUGUGCGUAUGUGCUUUUGGACCCCCAUCCAACCUGAUCAUUUCUCUAAUAUCAGGCCAGUUUGAUAUAGUGACUGACGGUAGACUGGUGAUAUUCACUGAUACUUUAAACCUGCUUUCUAAAAAAUUGAGCUUGUACUGCUAGAUGUUUACACUAGCUUCAUUGCCUGGAAGCUGAUGGCUAUACAACAUGUGUGUUGCUCUGAUUGCUCUACACCUGUCGAAAAAUCUGGCUCAGUGAAGUCUUUUCACUCUUGUAAUACCUUAACUUUUUACCCAACGGCAUCAUCAACUUGUGAUAUUUUUGAUAAUCAUUACAUGGUGUUAAAUUAGAUCCAUUGUUAAUGAAAACUAUGUCCCCUCACUAACAGAUAUAGUCACAAAUAAGUAAUGCAUUAAAAAUGUAUCCAUACAACCUCAA